AUGGAGAAUCGAGCAUUCACUGCACCGAUUACAAGAAGUGAGAAAUCAUUAAAUGACUCAUUUUCUCAUGCUAUCGAUGCUUCGAUCGAAAAGAUUCGCCCUCGAACAUGUCCAAUUGCCACUCUAACACCUCAAUUUCAUUGGAAUCUUAAUGAUAUAGCUUUACAAACACUUUCAAAAGAUCAAAUGAAGCAGCUUUAUGGAUUAUUUCAAUUCUACGAUUCCUCGACAUUUCAAGAAACUGUUCCAUCCAUUAGCUGUACACGAUUUCAAGAGAUUCUUCGUGAUGCUAAUUUAAUAAGUGAUCAUUUAAAAUCAAAGAAACUUCGAAUUGAAACUGUGGAGAGAGUCUUUGCGCAAGCUACUUUGGGUCAAAUGCGAAUCUAUCUCGAUGUUGAUGACCAACCAGUUCUUACAUUUCCACUCUUUUGUGGGGCAUUAUUGAAUUGUGCGAUGCUACUUCAUCCAUUAGCACGUCCUGCAAAUGCAUUGCAAGAUAUUCUAUCCCCUUUACUUGAAAACAUCAGUGGUAAUAAUCCCAUUGCUUUCGCAGAAACAGGGUUGCUUCGUCAUGUACCUCGUGAACGUCAUUUUUGGAGAUUAGAGCAGACACAAGUGACACAAAACGAAGCAAGUGUUCAAGACUUUCGUCGACUUAAUGCUUUCCGGCAAGUUAUAGCAGAUUGUAGUCGCGACAAAAGUUUUGAGGAACGACGACAAGAAGAAGUGGAAGCAUCUUAUCAGAUUCCUGAUCACUUGCGAAAUUGUCUCCAACCUGACACACUUGAUCUUAUUGUCACCAAAUUUCGAACAUUUGAUUUCAAUGACUGCGGUUCACUGCCACAGCAAGAGAUUUUCUCUCUACUUUCCUGCUUGGGAUCGCGAAAAGACCUUCCCGAUCCGUACGUUGUUCUUGCGAAACUAUCUGUCCCAACGGUUGAUACUUUAGAGCUUGAUAGCUCCACAAGUAGUGAGAAGAUUUCGUUAAUUCAGCUACUUGAAGGAAUUGAUUUAGCCAAAAAGACGAGUCGAAAAUCGUUUCGACUAGCAGUAAUGAAGUGUCGAAUGAUUCGAGCUGCUGUUACAAAAAGUGAUAAGUCUGAGUCGAUACCGCCGCAUCAAAUAGUAGAGGACAACAUCAAAGUUAACGAGAAUCUAAUGCUUAUGGAAGAAACUGUUGAAAGCAAGGAAAGUGAAGAUUCUCGAGACUGUGGAAGGGAACAAAGUACAGCGAUCGAGAAUUCUUGCAGUCCGAUAAUGAAUAGGUCGAACUCAAGUCAGACGUUGCUCAGUACGAAGGAUCAAAGCAGCUCAAAGUCGCUUCUACAACAACCUUUAAACACGAAAACCUCAAUGUUGCAAACGAAAUCGAUAGUGUUGAAUCAAAAGUCAAAAGCUUCAGUAAUCGAUGUGGAUUUAGAAGGAUCUGUGAUGCCAAUGCAGUGCUUGAAAACAACAACAAGCUUUACUGUGAAGGUUAAUGACGACAGAGAGCUUGAAAAUUCUACAAUUUAUACUGCAAAUGAUCGUAUUGAGCGACAGCUCAAUCAACUUUCCAGAGAAGAAACUUUACAUAAGAAUGACAACUUUUCGAGUAUAAUGAACAAGAAAAUGAUUCGAAUCUUUAUGCUACUUGGUGGAGAACACGAUGGCGCUAUGUACUGCACGUUAUCCCUUGUAUUCGCGACGAAAAAAAUCCAGGAAACUGAAGGAAUUUACUACACCACAUCUCCAUGCGAAACCACACAUACAUCACCUGUGUUACCUACACAAAACGAUCUUAUUCAUUCGUUGGUGAUGUUAAAGAAAUGUGUGAAUGAUAGAUUGGAGCAGGGGUACGAGUUACGCCCUGAAGAGCAGCUUGAGAAACUGGAUAAACUUCUUCAAGAUCGAAGAAAUCGUCAACCUCACUAUAGUCGCUCAUUAACAAAGACUUUUCGUGAUAGUACAGCUGCAGUAAGAUCGACAUUGUUGUCGUCAAGUUCGCACAACGCAGCAAAUGCUACUGUUUUCAAAUCAACGUUAAAGACAUCGAGACAACGAAAGAGCACUAAAUUUGAAAGUCGAGAGUUAAAGUUACCGAACAAUUUGCAGGAUAUGUGCACUGCAUGGAAUAUUUCUCAACAUGAAAAUUUCUCCUGGAUACACGACUUGAAUGCUGCAUCUCCUUUGAAACUGGCAUCACAAACAUCGAAUAGGAAUCGCAAUGGCAUAUUAAAUCCACUAUGCUAUAGUCUACGUUAG